CCCUAGGGUGCCCAACCUAGGCAGCGAUGCCAGGAUGCCCGUCUCUGCCUCCCUCCGCCAAGACGGCAGCCAGGAGCGACCAGUGAGCCUUACCUCCACCACCUCCUCGUCAGGCUCCUCCCGGGACAGCCGUGGGGCCAUGGAGGAGCCUAUCAGCUCGGAGGCGUCCGCCAAGAACGGGGCAGGCUCCCCGCGUGGCCGGCAGCCCCCCAACAGCAACAACAACUCCAGCAGCUGGCGGACCGGGAGGGGGCCCCUCUCGCCAUUCAACAGCCGGGCCUCGGCAGGACACAAGCUCAGCUACCUGGGCCGAGUGGUGCGAGAGAUUGUGGAGACGGAGAGGAUGUACGUGCAGGACCUUCGCAGCAUUGUGGAGGACUACCUCUUGAAGAUCAUUGACACGCCCGGGCUGCUGACGCCAGAGCAAGUCAGCGCCCUCUUUGGGAACAUAGAAAGCAUCUACGCGCUGAACAGCCAGCUCCUCAGAGACCUGGACAGCUGUAACAGUGACCCCGUGGCUGUGGCCAGCUGCUUUGUAGAGAGGAGCCAAGAGUUUGACAUCUACACCCAGUAUUGCAACAACUACCCCAACUCUGUGGCCACUCUGACAGAAUGCAUGCAGGACAAGCAGCAGGCCACCUUCUUCCGGGAUCGCCAGGAGCUGCUGCAGCACUCCCUGCCUUUGGGCUCCUACCUGUUGAAGCCAGUCCAGCGCAUCCUCAAGUACCACCUGUUGCUCCAGGAAAUCGCCAAACACUUUGACGAAGAGGAGGAGGGCUUCGAGGUGGUGGAGGACGCCAUCGACACCAUGACCUGCGUGGCCUGGUACAUCAACGACAUGAAGAGGCGCCAUGAGCAUGCAGUCCGGCUCCAGGAAAUCCAGUCCCUGCUCAUCAACUGGAAGGGCCCCGACCUGACCACCUACGGGGAGCUGGUCCUGGAGGGCACCUUCCGUGUGCACCGGGUGCGCAACGAGAGGACCUUCUUCCUCUUGGACAAAGCGCUGCUCAUCACCAAGAAGCGGGGCGACCACUUUGUCUACAAGGGGCACAUCCCGUGCUCCUCCCUGAUGCUGAUUGAGAGCACCCGAGACUCCCUGUGCUUCACCGUCACCCACUACAAGCACAGCAAGCAGCAGUACGGCAUCCAGGCCAAAACCGUGGAGGAGAAACGAAACUGGACCCACCACCUCAAGAGGCUCAUCCUGGAGAACCACCACGCCACCAUCCCCCAGAAGGCCAAGGAAGCCAUCUUGGAAAUGGAUUCAUAGUAUCCCAACCGGUACCGCUGCAGCCCAGAGCGGCUGAAGAAGGCCUGGUCUUCCCAGGACGAAGUGUCCACCCACGUGCGUCAAGGGCGCCGGCAGUCCGAACCAACCAGGCACCUGCUCAGGCAACUCAGUGAGAAAGCCAGAGCCACAGGAAUCAAGGGGAAGGGGCGCAGGGAGUCUGAAGGCUCUAAGGGCUACAGAAGGCCCAGCAGCCUCUCCCCAACCAGCAGUGAGAAACGCAUGAGCUUCCAGUCCGUCUCUUCCCUGCCAGAGGUGGAGCGAGACCUGGAGCCAGGGCCAGAGAAGGAGGUAUUCACCGAGGUGGAAGGUCCGAGCACCGAGGAGAUGCCCUCUGGCACAGCGUCUCCGGAAGUUCUGGAGACCCCGCUUGAGGCCCACCAGGCACUGCUGGAGCUGGACCAAGUGGCCGACAUGGCGGACUUUGGAGUGGCCCAGAGUUCUGAGGACCUUAAGGCCUUGAGCAGUGAGGAAGAGGAGGAGGAGGGUCUGGGAGCCAGCCAGGAGCCCGAGAGCCUCCUGCCGCCCUCUGUGCUGAACCAGGCCAGCAUCAUCGCCGAGCGCUUCGGCAGCAGCUUCUCCCGGCGGAGCAGCCUGGCUCUGGAGGAUGGCAAGUCCAGUGGCUUCGGGACCCCUCGGCUGGCCAGUCGCAGCAGCAGUAUGCUCAGUCUCGAGGGCAGUGAGAAGGGCCCGGCCCGGUCGGCCAGCGUCCCAGACCUGCUCAGCUCCCAGCUCCCCGAGGAGGAAGUGGACACCAGCGUGGGGGCGGCCCCAGAGAGCAGCCCACCCGUCAACGGCACAGAGCCCCUGAGUCCAGGCUGCCCGGCUGAGCCGGACCGGCCCCCCUGCAAGCAGAAGGACUCGUCACUGUCCACCCGUGACCGGCUCCUGCUGGACAAGAUCAGGAACUACUACGAAAACGCGGAGCAUCACGAUGCGGGCUUCAGCGUCCGGCGCCGGGAGAGCCUCUCCUACAUCCCCAAAGGGCUGGUGAGAAACUCCGUGUCCAGGUUCAAUAACCUGCCCAGGCCAGACCCGGAGCCCGUGGCUCCCCUGGGGCACAAGAGACAGACGGGGUCCCGGCCAGCUUCCUGGGCCCUGUUUGAAUCGCCAGGAGCAGGCCAGGCACACCCCGGGGACCCGGCCCCCAUCACGGACGCCGAGUUCCGCCCGUCUUCAGACAUGGUGAAGCUGUGGGCGGGCACGGGCUCUCCCGGGGGCAGCCCUCAGAGGGGCCCGGCCCCGGCGAACGGCUUUGACCCUCACGCGCCGCUCUUCAUCCUGGAGGACCAUGACCUGGGCGCCAUCACGGAGGAGUCGGCCACGGCCUCCCCCGAGAGCGCCUCCCCCACUGAGCGGCCCAGCCCAGCCCACCUGGCCCGGGAGCUGAAGGAGCUGGUGAAGGAGCUGAGCAGCAGUGGCCAGGGGGAGCUGGUGGCGCCCCUGCACCCCCGCAUCAUGCAGCUGUCCCACAUGAUGGACAGCCACGUGAGCGAGCGUGUCAAGAACAAGGUCUACCAGCUGGCCCGUCAGUACAGCCUCCGCAUCAAGAGCCACAAGUCGGCCAUGGCCAGGCCGCCGCUGCAGUGGGAGAAGGCCAGGCCAGAGAGGAAUGGGGGGGCACCCCCGGCCCCCUGCCUGCAGGAGGAGGCCGAGGAGCCACUGGGCCGCAAAGGCAGGAGGAAACCCACGCUGUCCCUCCUGGGCUGUGGGCUGGGGAUGGACCAGGAGCACAGCCCUCCGAAGCCCCGCUCUGCUGGAGAGACCUCCCCUCGGCGGUGCUCCUUUGCCUUCCCCACCAGCCCCAGCAGCGUCACCUCGCCCACAUCCCGGUCCUCGGGCCGGAGCCCCCUCAGCCCCUUCGACACGGAGACCUUCAACUGGCCUGACGUCCGAGAGCUGCGCUCCAAGUAUACACCCCACGGGGAGGCACUCCCAGCCGAGGGCAGCCGGCCCCGGGGCGCACCCGUCAACCGGAGCCGCUCGGUGCCCGAGAACAUCAUGGAGCCCCCUGGCCAUGCCCGUGUGAGCCGCUGCAGCAGCCUGAGUGCCCAGAGGGGCCGUGGGGGUGGUGAGGCCGCCCAGUCCCAGCCUCCGGGGGCACCUGACCAGGGCAGACUGGAUGGAGAGGAGGAGGCCUUGUAUAUCUCUGCAGACCUCAGGCUGGAGGACAACCGGCGAGUGGUGGUCCUGGAGAAGGGGCCCCGGCCUGAGGUGCAGCAGGAGGAAGAGGACAGUGGGCCAGGACUGAUGGCUGGGGUGGGGUGGGGCCAGGAUGGGCAGGUGUCUGCAGAGACUCAGCCAAAGGAAGAGGCAUCCCGGGAGCCCGCAGACCCAAGCCAGCAGGGUCGAGUGAGAAACCUGAGGGAGAAAUUCCAGGCCUUGAACUCCAUGGGCUGACUGUGACUCUGGGGGAUAGGAAACGGGAAACCCUCUGCCCACCUCCUCGCAUGCCUGGGCCUCCCCGGGCCCGUGGGCCCCUCACAUUCUCCUGCCCAGGUGUCUGCCCUCCCCUGCCGCCUGUCUAACAGGCCUGGACCACCUCCCGCAGGCCCACUGUGGCCAGUGUGGCUGGUGCCCCUGUACAUCAUUCUCCGGGGAGAGGCUGUGUGGUUCAGCUCGCUUUUUCCCAGGGAGUGAGCAGCCUGGCCCAGGCCUCCCACGUUGCGUUGACUGGCCGUCCCCAGGCAGAGGGCCCACCUCCCCGGGGAUAUGUUCGCCGGUGACCUGCCAGCUUUCCCCUUUUAACUGUGCCUUCUCUUAGCAUCCCGGCAGGCAUGAGGCCUAUAAUUUAUUGCUUUCCAUUCUGUAGUGUGUUUGUGCACCUGGGGCUGUGUGAGAGAAAGAGAGAGAGAGCGAGAGCGCAUGUGCUGCGAGUGGUGGUGAUUCCUUUCCUUUUGAGAGUGUCAGCGACUCCGUUCAGGUACCUUGUGAGGGUUGUCUGGUGGCUCUGUGGCUGUCUCUAAUGUACACACAUUUCAUUAUUUGCCGAUGGUGCAAUAACCACUGCUGACCAACUGA